GAAAACUUUGAAUAUACUCCAUGUCGUAAAGCCUUUGCAUAUCAGAGUCACCCUCAAAGGAAUGAAAAAAUUCAUACUGGAGAGAAACCCUAUAAAUGUAAUCAAUGUGGUCAAACCUUUGCACAUUACAGUCAUCUCCGAAUACAUAAAAGAACACAUCCUGAAGAGAAACAUUAUGAAUGCAACCAACGUGGUAAAGCCUAUGCACGAUACAGUCAGCUUCAAAUACAUAAAAGAACACGUAUCUAGGAGAAACCCUUUGAAUGUAGCCAGUGUGCCUUUUCAUAUUACAAUAGUCUCCAAGUACAUAACAGAACACAUACUGGAGAGAAACAUUAUGAAUAUAAUCAAUGUGUUAAAGCCUUUGUAUGUUACAGUCAUCUCCAAAUACAUAAAAGAACACAUACUGGAGAGAAACACUACAAAUGUAAUCAAUGUGAUAAAGCCUUCGCAUAUCACAAUAGUCUCCAAGUACAUAACAGAACACAUACUGGAGAGAAACAUUAUGAAUAUAAUCAAUGUGUUAAAGCCUUUGUAUGUUACAGUCAUCUCCAAAUACAUAAAAGAACACAUACUGGAGAGAAACCCUACAAAUGUAAUCAAUGUGAUAAAGCCUUCGCAUAUCACAAUAGUCUCCAAAUGCAUAAAAGGGCACAUCCUGGAGAGAAACUCUACAAAUGUAAUCAAUGUGGUAAAGCCUUUGAACGUCAUAGUCAUCUUAAAAUACAUAAAAGGACACACACUGGAGAGAAACCCUAUGAAUGUAACUAAUGUGGUAAAGCCUUUGCACAUCCAAGUCAUCUUCAAAGGCAUGAAAGAAUUCAUACUGAAGAAACCACAUGAAUGUAUUUAA